GUAUGAGUGAUUCAUUGUUUAAAUAAUAUGUUUGCAGUUUAAGAAUUUUAUAAAAACUUUAAAAUGAAGUUGUGGCCAGUUUUGUUGUUGGUGGCUGUUGGAUGGGUGCAUUGUAUGACCGUUGAUAAUGCAAGUACGAAAACAUUGAGAUCAGCAAUUACUUCUGAUGAAUUAGAAAUCACAAUCCGUGAUUUAAAACCAAGAAAAACAGGAAGAACUCUUCCAGAAGUCCUCUUGGCUGUAGAUUUUCCUCAUGCAGCAUAUAGGUUCACAAUUCUUUUGGAUUGGACGUCACAAACAGUUGUUUUGGAAACUACCAGGCUUGGUCAAAGCGAGUCAAAACAAGCAUUUGCUUUACCAAACCUGGACACCGAGUCCUUUGUCUCCUCAUUAAUCCUGCACGUCAGACAGGAGCGUCCUGAUGCCCGAAUUGAAGUGUAUGAAAACUGUGAGCUAAGGGGCACUUUCCAUACCAAUACCACUUUUAGGGACGCAUUCGAGUCGGAAGAUGAUCACAAGAGGGUUGUCAAAGUGUAUCGCGACAGAAGGAUGCCCCUAAGUGUUGACGGAGGUACGACCUUACAGAAGGAACUCGCUCGUGUUGGCUGCCACACUUCGAAGGAUGCAGAAUCCUACCAGGAAAUCAUGCAGAUGCAGGCUGAUGGAGUUCCCAACAACAUUAGACGCGGAGACAUUCCUAUUAUGCAUUCCGAUUGCGACGAUUUGUUAGUACAAACGCUGAUAGAAUUAAUAGCAGUCGUAAAACAUUUGCGUGGAGAAGUUGAACAACAAAAAGGAGACAUUCAUUGGAUACGCAACAAAUUGGAACAAUGUGAUAUUUGCAAUAGACCAGAACCAGUUAGAGAAAUUGAUUGCACGACGUACCCAUGCUUCCAUGGUGUUCAUUGUACAAAUACUGCCAGAGGCCCAAUCUGCGGCCCAUGCCCUCGUGGUUACAUAGGUGAUGGAAGGGAUUGCAGGCCUGGACUCAAGUGUGAUGACCGACCAUGCUUCGAAAAUGUACAAUGUUAUGACACUCCUGAGGGUGCACAAUGUGGACCUUGUCCUAGUGGUUACGAAGGAGACGGAAGACAGUGCAGAAGACGUGGAGGUUGCGAAGCACGCCCUUGUAGCGCAGGUGUGCAAUGUGUGGAUACUGAUUCAUUCCCAUACUACCGUUGCGGAUCAUGUCCUGCAGGAUUCACCGGAAAUGGAACCAAUUGUCGUGAUCUUGAUGAAUGCGACCUAGCAGAACCGUGCGACCCGUUGACCCGCUGUUACAACCUGUCGCCCGGUUAUCGCUGUGACGCUUGCCCGGCCGGCUACCGCGGUGGUGCCGUAGAGGGUGUCGGCAUAGAGUACGCGAGACGUAACCGCCAACGCUGCGAGGACAUCGACGAAUGCCAAGACGGACGAAACGGUGGAUGUGUGCCCAACAGUGAAUGUAUCAAUACGGAAGGUUCCUUCCGUUGUGGUCACUGCAUGCGCGGUUACCACGGCGACCAGAACAUCGGCUGCCACAAACGCGAUGGUGUAUGCCCUGAUGGUACCGUCUGUGACGAGAACGCUGAAUGUCGCCACAUCGGCGGCGGACGAUACCGCUGCAAAUGCAAGGUGGCAUUUGCUGGUAAUGGAUUCUCUUGCGGAGGUGAUUUGGAUCUUGAUGGAUGGCCUGAUGAUGACUUGGAUUGUUCCGAUCCACAUUGCAAGAAAGAUAAUUGUAAAUAUACUCCUAAUUCUGGUCAAGAGGAUGUUGAUCAAGAUGGAAUUGGUGAUGUUUGUGAUCCUGAUGCCGACAAUGAUGGAGUGUUAAAUAAUCCAGAUAAUUGUCCACUGGUAUACAAUCCUGAUCAAAGGGACUCUGAUACUGGAGGACCUGACAGACAAGGUGAUGCUUGCGAUAAUUGUCCCAACGUUCCAAACCAAGACCAAGAAGAUACUGAUAAAGAUGGUUUGGGAGAUGCCUGUGAUGACGACAUUGACAAUGAUGGUAUCAAAAACGUCCAUGACAACUGCCCAAAAAUCCCUAACAGAGAUCAACUGGACACAGACGGCGACAGAUUUGGAGAUGUUUGUGAUAACUGCCCAACUGUAUCUAAUCCUGAUCAAUCUGAUAUUGAUAAUGAUCUGAUAGGAGACGCUUGCGAUAGCGGACUGGAUAGGGAUCGAGAUGGUGUUCAAGACAGCAUCGAUAAUUGUCCAAAGAUUGCAAACAGUGAUCAAUUAGAUACUGAUAAUGAUGGAAAGGGUGAUAUGUGCGACCCAGAUGCAGAUAAUGAUGGAAUACCAAACGAGCAUGAUAAUUGUCCAAUUGCUUAUAAUCCUGAUCAACAAGACGCCAACUCAAAUGGAGUAGGUGAUCUUUGUGAAGAUGACUUCGAUAUGGACAGCGUGCCUAAUUAUCUUGAUAAUUGCCCUAAUAAUUCAAAAAUCUUUUCAACUGAUUUUCGAACAUACCAGACUGUGGUUUUAGAUCCAGAAGGUGAUUCUCAAAUCGAUCCUAACUGGGUUAUUUAUAACAAGGGUGCUGAAAUUGUGCAAACAAUGAACAGCGACCCUGGAUUGGCUGUAGGUUAUCAUAGUUUUGGCGGCGUUGAUUUUGAAGGAACCUUCUUCAUCGAUACAGAAAUUGAUGACGAUUAUGUUGGUUUUAUUUUUGGGUUCCAAGAUAAUCAUCGCUUCUACUCCGUCAUGUGGAAGAAGGAUACUCAAACCUAUUGGCAGGCUGCACCAUUCAGGGCUGUUGCAGAACCUGGAAUCCACAUCAAACUGGUCAACAGCAAAACCGGUCCAGGUGAAAUGAUGAGAAACUCCUUAUGGCAUACUGGUGAUGUUGAAGAUCAAGUGAAACUUCUUUGGAAAGAUCCACGAAAUGUAGGUUGGCGCGAAAAAACAGCUUAUCGUUGGUUACUUUUGCAUAGACCUAGAAUUGGUUUGAUAAGGUUGAGAAUAUUUGAGGGAGAGAAUAUGGUCACUGAUAGUGGCAACGUAUACGAUUCUACUUUGAAGGGCGGAAGACUUGGUGUUUAUUGCUUCAGUCAGGAAAUGAUUAUCUGGAGUGAUUUAGUAUAUCGCUGUAAUGAUAAUGUGCCAGAAACGAUAUACCGCGAGUUACCACCAAAACUUCGACAAUCUGUUUCAAUCGAUAACAGUCACGGAUCAUAA